CAAUCAAUCGCUCAUUUGAUCCACUCUUGGAUCGGCACAACCAGCGCAUCCAUUGCACCAAAUCAGUGACACUCACAGUGACAGAGAUGGCCGAAAGUGACGGCACUUCCGGCGACCAGAGCUGGAGAACCAAUUUGUUGCGACAAAACGUCAGAAACAAAAUCGAGGAAGCCAUCCGUCUGUCGGGGAAUCCGACCUCAAAGACUGUGGCGGAGAUGGAGAACCAUAUCUUCCUUAAGGCCAGGACUAAGGAGGAAUACCUAUCAUUUGUGGCCCGACUUAUACUUCACGUCAAAGAAAUGAACUCCAAGAAGCAACAGCAACCUGUUGUUGGGGGCGUUGUCGGUCCAUACGUCCAAUCGGAUCCUAUGAGUGCCCUCCAGAAUAUGGCCGGUCCGACGCCUAUCAACGAUAUCUCCAAUGGAAACGCAAUGCAUGUGCCGAUGGGUAACGUUGGCAACGACCAGAUGAUGGUCAACAACCCGUCCUCGCAGAUGAUGCCCAACAUGUCAAACAUGUCUCACAUGACUAACAACGCGAUUCCCAAUCAAAUCAAUCAAAACCGAGUCCAGAAUCCAAUGGCUAUGACUGGCAAUAGAAUGAUGAAUCAGCAAAUGAUGGGACAGACCACAGCCCGACCCCAACAGGUGCUCUCGUCUAACAUUCAGGUGCAUCUACAGAGGCUUCAGCGACAUUCAGCCCCUAAUAUAGGGAAUCAAAUGCCCGUUCAGAAUACCAUUCCUGAUAACAAGUACUUUGAUGGACACCCGAUGUCACAAAUGCAAAACAUUAAUUCAGUGAAUGGUCCGCAACAGACCCAACAAUUUAAAGGUCAGCCAAUGAACCAACAGAUGAGUGGCCAACAAUUUGCACCGAGCAAUCAGAACACACUAAUGGUUCAGAACCAGAACCAGAACCAGAAUCAGAACCCAGGGAUGAAUAAUAUGCAGUCCAUCAACCAAUUAAACCCUUCGACACCCCAAAUGAUGCCUUCCCCGUCAGGAUAUGCUCCCAGUCCCUCACCAAUGAUGCCCUCACCGCACAGUAAUCUUAUUCGACCAUCAGGUCCAAUGAGUGCACCAUCACCUCAGAGCAUUUCACUCAACACUCCCGCCAAUAUUAUGAUCGCCUCUCCCGGCUCUGUGGGCCCCGGGGGUCGACCCGUCAAUGAGGAGGAAAUAUAUCUCCAGAAACUUCGAAACCUACAGAAAUACGUGGAACCCCUCCGCAAAAUGAUCGCUCGCAUCGAUCAGGACGACAGAUUUUCAAACGACAAGAAGAAAGAAUUGGAUAAAAUGAAGAACUUGUUGAGCAUUUUGACGGACCCGUCGCGCAGGUGUCCAAUGAGUACACUUGAAAAAUGUGAACAAUUUCUUGAGAAAAUGGACUUUAAAAUUAAGACGGAGACCAGUGUUGCGCCCACUGCUGGACCCGUGCCCACACAUCCUGUGCCUAAACUACAGGAUGUGUGUCAACCCCUGUUGGACGCCAUAACCGCACACAUAAAGAAGCCGUUAAUUAACCACACAUUGCAGCGCACGUUUGGUCCGGCGCUCACCGCUCUCACUAACAACGCAUAUAAGCAGUCGAGUCCUCCAUCUCUUAAGAGGAAAUACGAAGACGAUUUGCUGCAGAGACUUCAUGAAGCAACGUUGUGUACCCGAGGUUUUGACGACAAGGACCUGCCGUGUGUGCCGCCGAUUGCCAUCCGAGUGCCCGACUCGUACCCCGAAAAGCCUCCGCAAUGCAGUACAGAUGCCCUCGAAUACAGCGCUUCCGUCUUUUUUCAGGACAUCCAGAAGAAGUUUGACUCAAAUGUGGAUAAAUUGCCGCAAAGCUUCUCAGUGACCACUUUGCUUAACAGUUGGGAGUUGAGUGUCCGACAGGCCGUCUCAUUAGCACUCGACACCAUCUCUAUCUAAAUAUCAAUUAUAUAUUACUUUUUCGAUUUGUUUAUACCGUAUAUUGUUUAUGCAAAUAAUCAAACUC